AUGGCACAGCCAAACGGCUCUGCGGUAGCUGGGAACCCCCCCGGAAAGGAAACGCAUGGCCAGGUGCUUACGGGCAAGCAGGAGCACUGUAGAUCCUUCCCUGACCCUCAAACCAGUUUAGAGAGUGGCAUUACUGAUGAGACAACAGACCUGAAGCGCGAGCUGAUCGCCCAACAAGUCAAGUUCGAGAUCACGGAGCUCAACUCCCCAACGGCACUCCAGCGGUUCGGCGCCCCCUUCAAAUCCGACUUUGGUGAAGUCAGCCCCCUGGACUCAGACCUACCGAUCCUACGGUACAUCUUCGUGCAUCAUGUCAGGGAAUUCCCGUUUCUAGAUAAGGCGAAGGAGGAGGAGUUUUGGCAGGAUAAAUUGCAAGUUUUCCUACAAUCCUUCGCGGAAAAACAUAUCUCGUCUUCGGAAGAUCGACUCGAGGAGACGAAGCGGAGGAAGCUGUCGAUAAAAUGCCAGAAGUUGGUGGAGCUGAUGAUGGUUUCGGGGAUCCCUACUGCGUCGGGGUAUGAAGAGAGGAUUCGGUUCUCUGAGCUCGAGGUUGUAGAUGCGGGGGCCAUUGAUCACGGAGUUUUGCAGACGUUGCCCGAGGGGUAUUAUUCGAAUGGUUGGGAUGUUAAUGUUGCGGGUGUGAGGACGACGAAUGUGAAGAGGAAUAUUAGAUACCAUAAGCAUGCGGAAUUCAUCCUCCGGGUGAAGCGAAGGGGGGAGCUCGAAUUCUUCGUUGGGAGACGAUAUGGCGAUUUUAGCAGGCUUCACAAGAAGUUACGCACGGAGUUACCAGGGAAAGUUCUCCCUCCUAUGCCGAAGAAGAACAAGCAGAGUUCAACGACUUCAAAUCUCUUAAGUGCGGUACGGAGAGGGAGUGAUUCGGAUGCAUCGUCGGUAUCGUCUGUCUCGACCAUGGGGAUAGCACCUCCAGUCAACACGUCGAUAAACAAUCUAUCAGUCAGAGAUCACCGGAGAAGCCCUUCGUCAAAUUCCUUCGGUGGGAGAGCUUCUCCUCGCUCCUCCAUCGAUUCACGACAAAAUCUUAACCCAUCACCUGCGCCUACACCUGCGCCUUCAGAUGAGCCCAUUAUCCUAUGGCGCGAGAACCAGAGAAUUUCCCUGAGAGCCUUCCUUCGCAACCUGCUGGCAAAUCCUCAAAUUGCACAAACCAGAGCAAUGCAGGACUUCUUGACUCAGUCGCCCAUCCAACCGACUGACGCAGAUGUGGAAGAUAUUGCUCGACGAAAGGCGAUGGAUCAGAAGAGAGUCGAGGAGCAGAAGAGGUUUUAUGAAGUUGCGAGAAAGAGAGCUGCGGAGCUUGAUGUGUAUAUGGAACAAUUCCGUCGAGACAUCGUUGAAAAGAACGGACUUACCAUGCUCUUCAAGGAAAUCAAGGAAAAGCAAACCAUCCAGGAUCUCAGCAUACAAUAUCAGAAAUUCGCUGAAUGGCUACGAAUCGAAGUGGCAGCAACAAUCUAUCAUCUAUUCCUAGCGGAAGACAACUCACCAGAACUCUUUGCUCAAGCCAAGAAGAUCCACUCCAUGAUUCCAUAUACCAUCAUCAAGAACGCCAUCCGAAUUGCGAACCCAGCAGCGGUCAUGUCCAGCAUCCUUGAUAUUUUCCUUGCUCAACCAUUUGGGGCGAGAUCACUCAUGCAGAGGAUUUUCUCUCUCACUCUCAACGAUGGAAUCCGGAGUUUUCAGAAGUCAAUCGAUGCUCUUUACGAGAAGAUUGGAGAUCCAGUAUUUUGCGACAAGAUCAAGCAAUUCACAGAUGCUUCGGAAGCAAUCAAAAAUACCGUUCGACAAGAGGCAUCUGACGAUGAUAUCGACUUGAUUGUUGCAAUCCUCAGAACAGAAGAGAUCCACCCCCCUCUGAACUCGGAGCAGAUUGGCAAGAUCUUCAACGCUUAUGUAGCCUGGAACAGUGCGGUCGAGAAUGUAGAUGAGGAGAUGAAGCAGGGAGCCCAGCUGUUCUCGUACUUGAAGCAGCUGUUGAAGCUGUAUACUAGGCAGCGAGAUAAGGCCAUGAUGUUGAGUAUGAUUGAGGAGCCCGUCACGCUGCACUUACUUCGAGACCUAUUCACCAUCUUUUACGAGCCACUUAUACGUGUCUACAAGUCAGCAAACGUCUACAACAGCGUCACAGACUUCGCAGUAUUCAUCGACGACAUGAUUCAAGUCGUCGACAAAUGCCGCGAGCAAGACGUCUCCGCCGACCCGAACCAGACGGUGCAAGCCUUCAUCGACCUGUGCCAGCGCCACGAACACAACUUCUACAAGUUCGUCCACGAGGUGCACACGCACGACAACGGGCUUUUCACGCAACUCAUGGGCUGGAUAGAGGGGAUCCUCGAAUUCUUGCGCAAGGGUCCGAAAGCUGGGAAGCUGGACAUGAACGCACUAUUCUCCGGCGCCGUGUCAGUAGGUCAACUCGACAAGGCAAAGGCUGUUGCUGAAAUCGAUUCCUUGAUCGCAUGGCAGGAAGCGAGGAAGAAGUGGCAUCAGGACAAAACUCGCCAGAAAAUGGCGGCGGAAGGUACAGGAGAUGGCCUGGGUCUCAACAUCGAGAGUGUACCAGGAGGCAUUACCUUCAAGAGCUCCGAUUUCGGCUUGAAUGAAAUGGAUCUGCAGGAUAUCGGGUAUGCGGAUGACGAGGAGGCGAGCAGUGAUGAGGAGGAAGAGGACGACGAGUUGGAUCCUAUUGACGCGGAGAGGAAGCGGAGAGCCAAGAAGCAGGACCAUCUCAGACGGACGGCGGGCGAGCCGGUUAAGCCGGUUGUUACCGAAGUAGAUAAGUUGAUGGAGAGCUUCUUGAGUAUGCUGAGGAUGGUGCUUGCUGAGUAG